AACGAUCGCAUUGUUUUUGUGAUUGAUAAACAGAGACAGUUUACUUCGGGAUUAAGGUAAAAAUGGCGGCGCUUGAGCCAGUCGGUUCGAAACCAAGAACAGUUUCUAGCACCACCAGAUCAACUUGGUCGAACAAUCAUGACGACUAUGAACUGCAGGAAACAAUCGGUUAUGGAGCAACAGCUGUCGUUCAAAAAGCAGUUUACCUUCCAAAAAAGGAAGAAGUUGCAAUUAAAAGGAUUGAUUUAGAGAAAUGUGGAGCUGAUAUUGAUGAAAUGAGAAAAGAAAUUCAAACCAUGAGUCGUUGCAACCAUGAAAACGUUGUGAACUAUUACACAUCAUUUAUUGUGAAACAAGAGUUAUGGAUAGUAAUGAAACUGUUAGAUGGAGGAUCUGUGUUAGAUAUAAUUAAGUACUUGAUGAAGAGUGGUAAUGUAGACCCGUUACAAGGUGUUCUUGAUGAAGUUGUUAUAGCAACAAUUUUGCGUGAGGUGUUGAAAGGUUUAGAGUAUUUUCAUAAGAAUGGACAAAUUCACAGGGAUGUAAAGGCAGGAAAUAUUUUACUUGGUGGAGAUGGAAGUGUACAACUAGCAGAUUUUGGCGUGAGUUCUACUGUGGUGGAAUACACUGACCGUGGUCAAAAAUUACGCAAUACCUUUGUUGGUACACCAUGUUGGAUGGCGCCAGAAGUAAUGGAGCAGGCAAAUGGCUAUGGUCCAAAAGUUGACAUCUGGAGUUUUGGCAUAACAGCAAUUGAACUGGCAACUGGUACAGCACCAUAUGCUCAAUUUCCUGCAAUGAAGGUAUUAAUGUUGACACUGGAAGGUGAACCACCCACACUUGAAACAUGUGCUAAAGGUGAAAAAGAAGCAUAUAAAAAGUAUUCAAAACAAUUUCGUAAAAUGAUUGCUUCAUGUUUAAAUAAAGAAGCCUCGCAAAGGCCUGAUGCAACCGAAUUACUGAAGAAUCCAUUUUUCAAAAAGGCUAAAAAUAAAGAGUUCAUUAUUGCAAAUUUAAUUGACCUUGCACCAAAGUUAUCUGAGCGAGGUAGAAAGGUGAAGAGGAAGCCACAGUCUGGGACUGCCAACAAAAAUGCUGAAGGCGAAUGGGAAUUCGAAACCGAAACAGAAGUGGAGAAACCAAUCGAAACGAAAGAUACAACACCAAACGUACCCACUACAGAAGCACAAGACAAUACUGCUGGUAAAACCACAGAUCAGCAGCAACCACCACAAAACAAUACUACAUGCACUUCGGAAAAAACACCUGCUGCGCAAGUCCCAUCAACGACAGCUGCAGAAGUAGACGAUCUUUCGAAAGUAUUUGAUCUUACUUUACGACUUAGAAAUGCUAAUAAAGAACUAAAUGACAUCCGGUUUGAAUUUAACAGAAAAAAUGACACUGUAGAAGGAGUAUCGCAAGAACUUAUGUCAGCUGGUUUGAUAGACGGAAAAGAUUUACUACUCGUUGGUGCGAACUUAAACAAAAUACUAACAAAUCCAAGUGAACACAAACAGUUAAUAUUCCAACUCAAAUCUACUCAAGAUGAAGUGGUUGAGAGAGACGAGAAACUUUUGAUUGGCUAUGCAAUGCUGACACUAAAUAAUUAACCAAUUAGAUAAUGUAGUAUUUAUAUAUAUUUGUAUAUUAAACAUUCUUUACUCUUCGUAUCAAUAUUAGUUUUAUAGUCCAACGUACACCGCUGUAAUGUUCUGUCACUGAUGUAUUUACCAGACGAAGAACGUAAUCACAAGAAAGUUUUUGAUUGGUUGUUGACAACAAUGCUAACAUUUAGAUUCGAAAACUUGAAAUUUAGUUGGUCUGGAAUUUAGCAGUGUUUGUUAAGCUGGCUCUUUUUAUUGAAAUUUUACGCCUAUAAAAUAUUUAUAAAAAGGGUUUCUUAUUUUUUGGUGAAAUUGCUACAAUUGCUCUUACAAUUCGGGUUAAAAUAUUUACUAAAGGUAAUUUUCUGUUUAGUUAUUAUUUUCUUCAUUUUUAUUUUAAGUACACUUAGUUUUAUACGCCUUCACACUGGCCCCUAAUAACCACUUUUCGCGUGACCAACCAUCUCACCUCAUUCAGUCCUUCUUUUUUACCUAUAAGAAUGUGCGCACAUGUAAAAAUAAUGCGCAGAUUCCCAUAAACCUUUGGAAACACUGUCAUUCAAUUAUGGCUGGUAUAUUUCCCGCCGUAGUAGAGUAGCUCCACCAUAUUCACGAUUAUCAUAAACUUGUAGAACUUCUAUGUAAAUAUAAUCCUAAAAUUAUUUUGAUAUUACUCGAAACAAAAAGUAUACUUAAA